AUGAGUUUAGAUGUGGAAAUAAAAACUUACACUGGUAUAAAACAAAAUGGAACACAAAAAUAUUUCAGAUUCUAUAAUAGUUCUAUUAAAAUAUGUUUUAAUGUGGUUGCUCUUUUAAAAAAUAAAACUGAUCAGUGAUUUUUUUUUAAAUUAAACUUUACUAAAAUUAAGCAUUUUAUGACUGAUAUUAUUAACUCUUGAGAGAUUUAUGAUAGACGGAUUAAUUAUAUAUAAAAUGCUGAAGAAUUUGACAUCCUGCACUCUUUUAAAAAAAUAGUAAGCUGAGAUUGAGAGCUAUAAAUUUACUGCUGCCAUAUUUAAUAAAAAUAAGUAUAAAAUUAUUCUAUGAGACAAGUUUUAAAAAACGUAUAGCUAAAAAUUAUAAAUAUUUAUAUUAA